GCAGUGAUUCUCCCCUGUUGAUGAGGUGACAAAGAAGUCAAUCUAAUGGUCUCUGGGUCGUCGAGAUUCCAGAUAACUAUGUAUCUGAGGUUUGGCUUUGGUUGAGGAAACGAGUCUUCGUCUGGGUAGCAUCCAGAGAGUUCAAAAUUGGGCUACAAUGUUGACUCCUUUGGUGAAGAACAGCAAGAAUCCGAAUCAAAACGUGUGCACUUCGAAAUUUCUGUUUCUGAUUUUGAUUCUCUCACUACUUAUAUCCUCCUCUUCCUCUUCGUCAUCGUCGUCGUCACAAUCGGAGGCAGUAGAAGCGUUGCUCAGACGAUUGGACGCCAAAAGGCCACCUGCGUCCGUACAGGAGUCAGCGGCAAAAGCUGUUCUCAACAGAUUGCUUCCCGCUCAUGUUUCAAGUUUUGUAUUCAAGAUUGUGACCAAGGACAUUUGUGGCGGACCCAGUUGCUUCCAGAUAACAAAUUACAAGAACUCAAGUGGGAAUGUCCCUGAGAUAAUGAUAGAAGGUGUUGCUGCAGUUGAAAUUGCAUCUGGUCUCCAUUGGUAUUUAAAAUAUUGGUGUGGAGCACAUGUUUCAUGGGACAAGACUGGUGGCAUACAGAUUGCUUCUGUUCCCAGGCCAGGAUCUCUGCCUCUUGUUUCAGAUGGAGGAGUGAGAAUUCAACGCCCAGUUCCAUGGAACUAUUACCAAAAUGUUGUAACUUCCAGUUAUUCCUAUGUUUGGUGGGACUGGGAAAGAUGGGAGAAAGAGAUUGAUUGGAUGGCUCUUCAAGGAAUUAACUUGCCCCUAGCAUUCACAGGGCAAGAAGCUAUUUGGCAGAAAGUUUUUUCAGGGUUUAAUAUCAGUAUGCGAGAUUUGAAUAAUUUCUUUGGUGGCCCUGCUUUUCUUGCCUGGGCCCGUAUGGGAAAUUUGCAUGGUUGGGGUGGGCCUCUAUCACAGAAUUGGUUGGAUCAGCAGUUGGGAUUACAAAAACAAAUUUUAUCACGGAUGAUAGUGUUGGGCAUGACUCCAGUGCUGCCAUCUUUCUCCGGAAAUGUCCCAGGAGCUCUCAAAGAAAUAUUUCCUUCUGCCAAAAUAACAAGACUAGGGGAUUGGAAUACUGUUGAUGGUGAUACUCGCUGGUGUUGUACCUUCCUUCUUGAUCCUUCUGAUCCUUUGUUCAUAAAGAUUGGGGAGGCUUUUAUUAAGCAGCAAAUCAAAGAAUAUGGGGAUGUGACAGACAUCUAUAACUGUGACACAUUCAAUGAGAAUCCCCCGCCAACAAGCAAUACAUCAUAUAUCUCAUCUCUUGGAGCUGCUGUCUAUAAAGCAAUGUCCAAAGGAGAUAAAGAUGCAGUGUGGCUAAUGCAAGGUUGGCUAUUUUAUUCAGAUUCUUCAUUCUGGAAACCACCACAGAUGAAAGCACUUCUGCAUUCCGUUCCAUUCGGGAAGAUGAUAGUUCUUGAUUUGUUUGCUGAUGCUAAACCCAUAUGGAGGACAUCCUUUCAAUUUUAUGGAACCCCUUAUAUAUGGUGUAUGUUACACAACUUUGGUGGGAAUAUCGAAAUGUAUGGCAUAUUGGAUGCAAUUGCUUCUGGCCCAAUUGAUGCCCGGGUCAGUAAAAAUUCAACCAUGGUUGGCGUUGGCAUGUGUAUGGAAGGAAUAGAACAAAAUCCAGUUGUAUAUGAGCUGAUGUCUGAAAUGGCUUUUCGAAGUGAUAAGGUGCAUGUUAAGGAAUGGCUGAAAAGCUACUCUCAGAGGCGUUAUAGCAAAGCAAUUUAUCAAGUUGAGGCAGCUUGGGAGAUUCUUCAUGCCACCAUUUACAAUUGUACAGAUGGAAUUGCAGACCAUAACACAGAUUUCAUAGUUGAGUUGCCAGACUGGGAUCCAUCAGCACCCACAUCAUCUAACAUAUCAAGGGAACACUUGAAGCAAAAUCUGAUUCCGCUGCACCGAAAUGGAAGAUUUCUUUUCAGUGAAAGGAGUUCUUCCUUGCCUCAGGCACAUUUAUGGUAUUCUACUCAGGAUGUCAUCAAUGCUUUAAGGCUAUUCCUUGAAGCAGGAACUUCUCUGACUGGAAGUCUCACAUAUAGGUAUGACUUGGUUGACUUGACUAGGCAAGUACUGUCAAAGCUAGCAAACCAGGUAUAUUUGGAAGCAGUGACAGCUUUCCGAGACAAGGAUACAAAAACAUUUAGUUCCCUGAUCCAAAAAUUUGAAGGGCUCAUCAAGGACAUUGAUAAGCUUCUGGCUGCCGAUGAUAAUUUUCUGCUUGGAACUUGGCUAGAGAGUGCAAGAAAGUUGGCUUUAAAUCAUGAAGAGAGAAAACAGUAUGAGUGGAAUGCAAGGACACAAGUGACAAUGUGGUUCGACAAUUCAAAAUCUGUUCAAAGUAAACUUCAUGAUUACGCAAACAAGUUCUGGAGUGGACUACUAGAAGGUUACUAUCUACCACGAGCAUCAACUUAUUUCAGUCAUCUAUUGAAGAGCUUGGAGGAGAAUAAGAGCUUCAAGCUGGAGGACUGGAGAAGAGAAUGGAUAGCAUUUUCAAACAAAUGGCAAGAAGGUAAUGAACUUUACCCCGUAAAGGCCAAAGGAGAUGCCCUUGCCAUUUCAAAAGCUUUGUAUGAUAAGUAUUUCGGCCAAUAAAUUAUAAAUGGCCUGAAUGUUCAUUGUCCCAGUGGUCACAAAAUCUUCCAACUUCUCUUUCUAAUAAGACUUUGCGCCCCCGUCACAUGGAUGGGAGAGGAAGCAUGAUUGAAGAUUGCUUUGAUUUAGCCUAGAAGGAUAGGUCAAAUGGUAUUAUGAGUGAGAAGAACUUUAGUUAAAUUAAGGUGGAAACCAUAUGAGUACCAAAUGAGAUUAUUUCUUUGGGCCACCA